AUGACUUCCAUGAUAUUCUCAGAUUGUCCGAAGGAGCUUCAGGUGGUCGAUGUUGAUGAGAACGGAGAAGGUGGAGUGGUAGCCUGCAGGAGUGCAUGUGAUGCAUUUGGACUUGAUCAAUAUUGUUGUAGCGGAAAAUUUGCAAGUCCAAGCACCUGCAAGCCAUCAAAUUACUCCAGCAUCUUCAAGAACGCAUGCCCCAAUGCCUACAGCUACGCUUUUGAUGACAGAACGAGUACUUUCACCUGCAAGGCACAAGAGUAUAUCAUUUUAUUCUGUCCCAACUAUAACAGAGGGAAAAGAUCAGAUGAUUCCUCAACAGUCCAACCAAUGCAUGGAGAACCAUCAGAAGUUAUCGAUAACGGAGAAGAACCUCAAGAAUAUGACACUGGUGAUGGAGAAGAACCUCCCGAAAUGAUCUCCUCGUCAAGCAUUAUUGAUACCUCUUUAUUCCUAAUCUUAUUCUUGGAAGCACUUUUCCAAUGAAGAAGAGUUCCAGCAACAUGGAAAACUAAAGAGAAGAUGUUGACUCUGAGAAUUAAAUAUCAAGAGAAAGAUGAGAAAGAGAAAGGGUAGCACUAAAGCGACUGAUAUGGAUGGAAGAAAAGGUCAUCAAUUCUAAAUGAGACUCAGUUUAACAAAAGAAAAACUCAUCAAUAUCAAACUUUUUUUA